AUGAACUCCAGUUCUUUCUUUCCUCAAGCUUUGCAGGUGAAAGAUUCCACCCCUUACCAUGCUGAGCUGUACAGCAGUAAAGUACGCAAUGCUGUUGAGGCAAGCUUGGUCACACCUGACUUGGUGUCCACAGAAGUGACCUUAAAGGCCAUGGAUGACAUAGCCACACUUAUUAAAGAAGCACUUCCGAUGUAUAGCACAACGGCUACAAUGCAACCUAUUUUGGAUGCCCUCUGUGACCUGGGCGUGGAAACGGCUGAUGACAUGAAGCAUGUACAGACAGAUGACCUUGGUGGAGUGCUCAAGCCCAUUCAAGCGAGGACGCUUCUUGCACACAUAAAAAGUGUCUUCUCUGCUCAGAGUGAUAUAGCUCCAAGCCACUCGAACAUGGAAGAUGAUUUCCCUAGACGUUCUCUAGUCUCACCCCAAAAUCUUGUAACACCACCACGGAUCAAUCCAACAAGCCCACAAACACCUCUUACUUCUCAAACCUCACUCUCAAGUGUCAUCUCCUCUCCAUCAGAUAGUGACAGCACUAGUUCCUCUACACAACAGGACAGUAGUUGGCACUAUAAUUUUAAAGUGCCUUGGAACAUGUUGCCAGCAGUUUUGAGGAAGAAAUUAGAAAAUCAGGAGAGACCAACAGCCAGAGAAAGGAGGGAAAUGGUACGUAUUAUUGCAGGUGAAAUCCUUGCCAUUUGCCAAAAACCAUCAAAAAAACACCUAAAUGAAGUUGCUCGGAAGAUGGUCCUAACAUAUCCAAAGUCUUUAAAAGACAUGAUUGGAGAUGAGGUUGUUGGAAGUGGGCAUGAUGCUUUAACUAAGCAAUUUCAGCACAGGAUUGAUAACUACAGAAGAAAUGAGAAGCACAGCAGCACUAUAGAUGACGGCAGCCCUGUUCCAGAAAAAAAGCUGCAACGUAAAGACUCUUAUGGAUGUAUUCUUUGGGAGUCUCGGCCUGUGAAUGUGGAAGCCCAGAUGAAAAAGAAAAAAGAGAUGCAGGAAAUGUUUAAGGUCAAUGACAUGCAUGCAAAACAAAUAGAACAGUUAAUGUCAGAUACCUUCGUAUCGCAGAGAAGUGACAUACAGUCUGGCAAGGACACACAGCUUAUUAAAGAAGAAUGGCCCUUUUUAUUUUCACUUGUUGGCAUGAAGGCACAUUUCAAACUUCUAACGGGUGUCCACAUCAACGAGGCAUUUGAGGAGGCAAUGGCAGUGAAAUUUGCUAGAGUUCUAGAGUAUUUGCAGUCUCUUCCACUUGAAAAAUCAAGCAUAGCUUCAAAACAGAGAGCAGAAAUUCAAGCUCGUGGUGGACCCUCUGGAGCAGUGAUGAUGCUGCUUUUACACUUCAAAGAAGACCAUGCAAGAAUGUUCCACAUGGUCGACAAAACCUGCAUUGCAGCUGAGGUUCAGACAGAUCACCUGCCACCCACACCCUGUAUUAUUGUAUGCGGAGAGAGUCCAAUGUCUGCAGCAGGUUUCAUGGUGGCAGCGGACCAGGUGGUGAUCAUGGAACACAUGACAAGCUUCACAGAUGCACUGGUCUGCAUGUUUGUGUCUUUCUACAUCUUCAACAUGCACUACCCAACAGCACUUGGGGCGACGCUCGAGUUUCUCCAAAGGUGCAUAUUUAAGAUAAAUCCUGAUAAGGGCUCAAAAGUUGAGCGUCUGGAAAAGAAAAAGACCAGUGCAGUGAACCCGAAAGUCCUGACCCUUAUCACUCGCAUCUCGGAGUUUGAGUAAAGUUCUUAAUGAAGACCCAAGGAGGAUUUUGUGCAUGGGAGCGGAAGUUCCUGAGAAAACCUCUGGAAUCUAAAGCCUCACAGACACCUAUAAAGUUCACUGGCACUGUUUUUCAUCCUCUCGUCAGUUAACAUGUCAUUUUCUUAUCUCUUCCUUAUCAUUCAUGGAUUGUAAUGUUAAAGUUCCAAGGUUUUAGUUUUAAAAUUCAACAUUACAUGUUAGCACAGUAAACAAGUGAUGGUCUGUCCAGUUAUGAUUGAUGCUGGCAUAAU